CUGUGCUUGCCGUAGUUGUCAGCGCAGGGUCGCGUCUCCUCCGGGACUGUGGACAAAUGAGAGGAGGAUGAGUGUGUUUGUACCGCGGCGUUAAACAGACACAGUGAAGUUAAAACAUGUCUCUCAAUGGAGGAGGAAGCAGAGGGUUUUACUUCAGCACCGUGUUGUCCUUGGCUCGGUCACUGGCGGCUCACCGACAGGCACCGAUAGACAAGGUCCAGAAGCUACAAUGCAUGUGUCCUAUGGACUUCAGAGGAGUCUUCCAGCUGGAUCAGAGGAGAAGAGAUGCUGUGAUUGCACUGGGCAUUUUUCUGGUAGAGUCAGGCCUGCAGCACAAAGAUGCUAUCGUCCCCUAUCUUCUGGGCUUGCUUAAAGGGCUUCCCAAAGUUCAGUGGAUUGAAGAAAGCUCCGAACGCAAAGAAACCCUGCCUGUUGCAGAGAACUUCAGCUUUUCUCUGGUGACUCUACUCUCAGAUGUCGCUCAGCGUGAUGAGACCUUACGAGGGCAGAUCCUGGAGACGGUCAUGCAGAUCAUGCAGGUGCUCCGAGAUAUCUGCAAGUAUCAAGAGGCUCACGAUAAAGAGUACUUGUGCAGGUACACUGUGCCCACCUUGCUCGGAAUCGCCCGAGCAUUUGGUCGAUACAGUAACACCGAUGAGCCUUUACUGUCCAAGCUGUUUCCCCGACCCGUUGCUCCUGUGCCGCCUACGGCCGACGACAGUGAUGCUGCACACCGCAGGUCCUUCAACGAUUUCCGCUCCAUCCUGCCAAGCUCUCUGCUCACGGUGUGUCAGGGAGACAGUCUGCGACGCAAAGGCUCCUCUGUAUCCAGUGCAUCUCAACAGGCCAGUCCAGAGAGAGCAGGCCUGACCCCCAGCUCACCCGCUGAUCCGUCUGCACACUACUUUGAAGGUUCAUACCUCCCUGAUGGCAGUGCGGUGGACCCUGAUUACUACUUCUCCACCAUCAGCUCCAGCUUCUCUGUCUCACCUCUUUUCACUGGAAGCAGCUCUGGAGAGUUUCAUGUCCCUCUGGAUCGGCUCAGACGCCUCCUUCAGAUGGUUGAACAGUUUGUUUCUGAGUCUUUUUUAAAAUCCCUGGAUGACACAUUGGCAGAGCUAAUUGAGUUGAAUCCAGGCGUUCAUCUGCACUACAAAACCUUCAGUGAUCCUCUGUAUGUCGCCACAUUCAAAAUGCUAAGAGACACGCUGUACAAUUUAAAAGAGCUGCAGACAGACUUUGUGAAAGAGGUGCAUGACUUUGUGCUGGAGCACUUCAGCAGCAGCCAGUCAGAGCUGCAAAGGAUCCUCCACGAUGUCGAGUACCUGCAGAGUGAACUGAGCCCACUCAAACUGCGCUGUCAGGCCAAUGCUGCCUGUGUGGACCUGAUGGUGUGGGCUGUCACUGAGGAGCAGGGAGCUGAGAACCUGUGCACCAAACUGUCAGAGAAGCUGCAGUCAAAGACGUCCAGUAAGGUCAUCAUCGCUCACAUGCCCCUCCUCAUUUGCUGCUUACAGGGCCUCGGCCGUUUGUGUGAGCGCUUCCCUGUGGUGGCACAUUCUGUCACUAUGUCACUGAGAGACUUUUUGGUGGUGCCCUCUCCAGUGUUGGUGAAGCUGUACAAGUACCACAGCCAGUACACUCCAGGGAGUGGUGAAAUAAAGAUCCAUGUGACGAAUGAACAUUCUCAGUCAACCCUCGGCACUAAUCUGAGCAAGAGGAGUCAGCCCUCGAUGUACGAGCAGCUGCGGGAUAUUUCCAUAGAUAAUAUCUGCAGGUGCCUGAAAGCAGGACAGACUAUGGAUAAUGUCAUUGUGGAAGCCUUUCUCGCCAGCCUGUCCAACCGUCUCUACAUCUAUCAGGAAAAUGACAAAGAUGCCCACUUGAUCCCUGACCACACCAUCAGGGCUUUGGGUCACAUUGCCGUGACCCUGCGGGACACACCCAGAGUCAUGGAGCCCAUUCUUCAGAUCCUGCAGCAGAAGUUCUGCCAGCCUCCGUCCCAGCUCGAUGUGCUCAUCAUAGACCAGCUGGGCUGCAUGGUCAUCACAGGCAAUCAAUACAUUUAUCAAGAGGUGUGGAAUCUGUUCCAGCAGAUCAGUGUCAAGGCCAGUUCCAUGGUUUACUCUACCAAAGACUACAAAGACCAUGGAUACAGACACUGCUCCUUGGCUGUGAUAAACGCUCUCGGUAAUAUCGCAGCAAAUGUUCAGGCAGAGCAGAUGGUGGACGAGCUGCUGGUCAACCUGCUGGAGCUUUUUGUUCAACUGGGCUUGGAAGGGAAGAGGGCCAGUGAGAGGGCAUCAGACAAGGGUCCAGCACUGAAGGCUUCAAGCAGUGCUGGAAACCUUGGGGUCUUAAUUCCAGUUAUUGCAGUGCUGACUAAGAGGUUGCCACCAAUUAAGGAAGCAAAGCCACGUCUGCAGAAGCUCUUCAGGGAUUUCUGGCUCUACUCUGUUGUCAUGGGAUUUGCAGUGGAGGGUUCAGGUCUGUGGCCGGAGGAGUGGUAUGAAGGAGUUUGUGAGAUUGGCACCAAAUCGCCGCUGCUUACUUUCCCCAGUGGAGAACCGUUACGCUCAGAGCUGCAGUACAACUCUGCGCUGAAGAAUGACACCGUCACCGCAGCGGAGCUGAAUGAUCUGCGCAGCACCAUCAUCAACCUGCUGGAUCCUCCACCAGAGGUCGCUGCUCUCAUCAACAAACUGGACUUUGCCAUGUCCACAUAUUUACUGUCUGUCUACAGACUGGAGUACAUGAGGAUGCUGCAUUCUCUGGACUCUGAUCGUUUUCAGGUCAUGUUUCGAUACUUUGAAGAUCGAGCCAUACAGAAGGACAAAUCCGGUAUGAUGCAGUGUGUGAUCUCUGUAAGUGACAAAGUGUUCGAGGUCUUCCUGCUGAUGAUGGCUGAAAAAGCAAAAACCAAAGCCCAUGAGGAGGAGCUGGAACGCCACGCUCAGUUCCUCCUGGUCAACUUCAAUCACAUCCACAAGAGGAUCCGCAGAGUGGCAGACAAAUAUUUAUCUGGCCUGGCUGAAACUUUCCCUCACUUGUUGUGGAGCGGCCGAGUGCUGAGGACCAUGUUAGACAUCCUGCAGACCCUGUCCCUCUCACUCAGUGCAGACAUUCAUAAAGAUCAACCUUACUAUGACAUCCCAGACACACCGUACAGUAUCACUGCGCCAGAUACAUAUGAAGCCAGAGAGAGCAUAGUGAAGGACUUUGCUGCUCGCUGUGGGGAGAUCCUGAAGGAGGCGAUGAAAUGGGCUCCAUCUGUGACCAAAUCUCACCUGCAGGAGUAUCUGAACAAACAUCAGAACUGGGUGUCGGGUCUCUCGCAGCACACAGGCCUCGCCAUGGCAACAGAAAGCAUCCUGCAUUUUGCUGGUUACAACAGACAGAGCACAACUCUGGGGUCCACUCAGUUGACUGAGAGGCCGGCCUGUGUGAAGAAGGACUACUCGAACUUCAUGGCCUCCCUUAACCUCAGGAACAGAUAUGCCGGAGAGGUCUCAGGUAUGAUCCACUUUGCCCAGGCCGUUCAGGGACAGUCUGACCUGAGCCGGCUGAUGAUCAAGCAGAUGGAAGAGGCUCUGGACUGUGCUCAACCUGAGGCUUUCACCGAGGCCAUGUUCAAACUGGCUGCCUUACUCAUCAGCACCAAAGACUGUGAUCCUCAGCUGCUGCACCACCUCUGCUGGUCUCCACUCAAGAUGUUUACAGAGCAUGGCAUGGAAACUGCUAUUGCAUGCUGGGAGUGGCUGCUGGCAGCACGCACUGGAGUGGAAGUACCAUUUAUGCGAGAGAUGGCAGGAGCGUGGCAGAUGACCGUGGAGCUGAAAAUGGGAUUGUUCUCAGACGCACAGAUGGAAGCUGAUCCACUGGCAGCAUCUGAGGAGAGUCAACCUAUCCCCUGCCCUCCUGACGUUACCCCUCACCACAUAUGGAUUGAGUUUCUUGUCCAGAGGUUUGAGAUAGCGAAAUAUUCCAGCGCAGAUCAAGUGGAGAUCUUCUGCAGUUUACUUCAGCGCUCGCUGUCUCUCAAUGUAGGCGGGGCCAAGAGUAGCCUCAACCGCCACGUGGCUGCUAUCGGACCUCGUUUCAGGCUGCUGACUCUGGGUCUGGCUCUGCUGCACUCUGAUGUUGUCACCAAUGCAACCAUACGAAACGUGCUGAGAGAAAAGAUCUAUUCCACAGCCUUUGAUUACUUCAGUGUGUGUCCCAAGUUUCCCACUCAAGGUGACAAGCAUCUCCGUGAGGACAUCAGUGUCAUCAUCCGUUUCUAUGCCAGCAUCCUGUCGGACAAGAAGUACCUGGCGGCGUGCCUGUUGGUGCCACCUGGUGAGCUUGGCAGUAGCCCAGCCCCGAGCACGCUCUCUGCCGGGAUAUUUGGAUCGCUUAUCGUGUCCAGCACUUCUCCGAUAUCUAUCUUAAAUAAUCAGGACCCGUCCUUAAACAGUCUGUCUGUGAUGAAUGCGGCCGACUUCAGGAGCAACGCUGACUCCAGCUCUCGCUCCCAGCAGAGCAGCCAGGGAUGGAUCAACACCUACCCACUGUCCAGCGGCAUGUCCACCGCGUCCAAGAAAUCAGGCCUGUCCAAGAAGAGUAACAGAGGAACGCAGCUUCACAAAUACUACAUGAAACGCAGGACUCUGCUGCUGGCCUUACUGGCCAGUGAGAUUGAGCGGUUGACGACAUGGUACAACCCUCUGUCCACUCAGGAACUGGCCAUCUCCACAGAGCAGUCAGUGGAGACCAGCAUCGCCAACUGGAGGUCCAAGUACAUCAGUCUCACUGAGAAACAGUGGAAGGACAAUGUCAACCUGGCCUGGGGUAUCGCACCUUACCUGGCCAUGCAGUUACCAGCAAGGUUUAAGAAUGAUGCCAUCGUUGCUGAGGUGACCCGGCUGGUCAGACUGGACCCUGGAGCAGUCAGCGACCUACCCGAGGCGGUCAAGUUCCUGGUGACAUGGCACACCAUCGAUGCUGACUCUCCUGAGUUGAGCCAUAUCCUGUGUUGGGCUCCGGCAGACCCACCCACUGGGCUGUCCUACUUUAGCAGCCUGUACCCUCCUCAUCCUCUCACGGCUCAGUAUGGGGUGAAAGUGCUGCGCUCCUUCCCUCCAGACGCCAUCUUGUUCUACAUUCCUCAGAUUGUGCAGGCACUUCGUUACGAUAAGAUGGGUUACGUGAGAGAGUACAUCCUGUGGGCGGCGCAGAAGUCUCAGCUUCUUGCCCACCAGUUCAUCUGGAACAUGAAGACCAACAUUUUCGUGGAUGAAGAGGGACACCAAAAAGAUCCUGAUAUUGGGGAGCUGCUGGAGCAGAUGGUGGAGGAGAUCACUGGUUCUCUGUCAGGUCCGGCCAAAGACUUCUACCAGAGAGAGUUUGACUUCUUUAACAAGAUCACUAACGUAUCUGCCAUCAUCAAGCCGGUUCCAAAGGGAGAGGAGAGAAAACGAGCUUGUCUCAAAGCACUGUCGGACAUUAAAGUCCAACCAGGCUGUUACCUGCCAAGUAACCCUGAAGCUAUCGUGUUGGACAUUGACUACAAAUCUGGAACACCCAUGCAGAGUGCCGCUAAAGCACCAUAUCUGGCCAAGUUCAAAGUGAAGCGCUGCGGGGUGAGUGAACUGGAGAGGGAGGGUCUCCGCUGUCUGUCGGACUCUCUGGAAGACGGAGAGGAGAAUCCAGACGGGUCCCACAGGGUCUGCUGGCAGGCCGCCAUCUUUAAAGUAGGAGAUGACUGCAGACAGGAUAUGCUCGCACUGCAGAUCAUUGGGCUUUUUAAGAACAUCUUCCAGCUUGUGGGCCUUGAUCUGUUUGUCUUUCCAUACAGAGUGGUCGCUACUGCACCAGGAUGUGGAGUCAUUGAGUGCAUCCCAGACUGCAAGUCACGAGAUCAGCUCGGCAGACAGACGGACUUUGGGAUGUACGAUUACUUCCGUAACCAGUACGGCGAUGAAUCCACCCUCGCUUUUCAGAAGGCUCGGUAUAACUUCAUUCGCAGCAUGGCUGCUUACAGCCUUCUGCUGUUCCUGCUACAGAUCAAAGACAGACACAACGGCAACAUCAUGCUGGACAGCAAAGGCCACCUCAUCCACAUAGACUUUGGCUUCAUGUUUGAGAGCUCCCCUGGUGGAAACCUGGGCUGGGAGCCAGACAUCAAGCUCACAGAUGAGAUGGUGAUGAUCAUGGGGGGGAAGAUGGAGGCCACGCCCUUCAAAUGGUUCAUGGAGAUGUGUGUCAGAGGAUAUCUGGCCGUGCGACCCUACAUGGAUGCAGUGGUUUCUCUGGUGACCCUCAUGCUGGACACUGGUUUACCGUGCUUCAGAGGACAAACCAUUAAACUCCUCAAAGGACGAUUUAAUCCACAGAUGAGUGAGAAAGAAGCAGCAGCGUUCAUCAUCAAAAUUAUCCAGAGCUGUUUCCUCAGCAGCAGGAGCAAAACGUACGACAUGCUGCAGUAUUACCAGAACCAGAUUCCUUACUGAGGGUCUUCCACCGGAGCUCCAGCUUCUCUGUCUCUACAUGACACGAACAAUGCAAUCUGAGGUGAUGUGUGUAAUAAUGUGGCCCUUUGGUCCAAAUCCUCUGUGCUUUACUGUAAGUUCUUACACACACACACACACACACUCUCUCUAUAAUGUAUAUCUGAGGAUUAAACGUGGUCGUCGUUUCACUCGAGUGUAAAGAACAAUGUUUUUGCCUUUAACCAAAAGAGGUAUUUGAAUCACCCUUUAAGUGUUUCUCUGCUGACGCUGGGCUUUGUCUGUCACUCUUAAGGAUUACGGCCAUAACAGGAGCCAUUUUAAUGGUGUUUGUGCAAAGCAGCUCUUCUUAUCACUAUCAUUAUCACUAUCAUUAUCACUAUCAUUAUCACUAUCAAAGCACUUUAUACAGUCCACCACAGUAUUUCACUCGCCUGUGAUUAAACAUGUGCAGUUGUUUUGUUUGUUUUUUUAAAUGAUUGAGUGAAUUUGAAUCAUUUUAUAUGUUAAACACAAGCCGGUGUUAAAACAUAGAGCUUUUAAUCUCAGUGUAGUGUUUAGCAGUGUAAACGUGUUUAGAGAGGUGUAUGUAGCAUUUACUCUCAGAGAUCACAGGAGUCUUUUCUGUGACUCAUGUAGAAUUCAUUAGACGUGAGGAACUUAUUCAUGGGAAGAUAUAAAAAAAACUUAACUUUGAACUGCUGCUGGGAUGCCCGCCCUCUACUGUCAGUCAUGUGUCAGCGUUUAGGUUAAGUCUGUUGGAUUUAAAAAGGAUCUUAAUGUAAAGAAUCAGUGAAUGUCACCGAGGAAGAGAUGCUGGACAAUAGAACAACAACAAUACAAUAUACAUUAUUGAUUUUCAAACAGAUUGUCUCUCUGCUUAAAGCUUCAGUAAACACUUCAUAUGUCCUGAUAGUUAACAAUAAUUGUCUAAAGUUGUCUGAAACAACAAAUGUCUCAAACUGAGGGAACUGGACAGACGAGGACGAUGUCCUUUCCCCUGGAAUUCCUUCAUUUUUAAUGAUAAAAAGCAGUAACGUUGUUUCAGGUUUAGUUCCAUGAAUGUUGGUGCACGUUUAAAGCCCACUAACAUGUGACCCACUUUAGGGAGGAUUAAUAAUCAGAGGAACAGUCUUUUCAUUGUUGACAUGUCGUCAAGCUGCACCUUCUUCCGUCAACUAAGACUCGGACCUGUUGAGCGUUGAUUAUAGAUGGAGACAAUGACUACACUUUGUAGUGGUUUUUAUUUCAAAUAUCAAAACGCUGAGGACUGGACGCAGUUGGAGUUGACUGCUGACCCUAAACUCCUCUCUUUUUGUUACUGAGCUUUGGAGAACUGUUUAAAUAUACAUUUCAAUUCACUGAAAGAAACACACACUAGCAUUCCUUCCCUGGUGAAUUCCAGAGUGAGAGCAGGGGAAAUAAACGCUGCAGUGACGUCACAGAGAGCAGGAGCUAAACAGUGAGACACACAGUGUCCUCUGUGUGUCUCUUCUCCCUUUACAGUGUGUCUCAUUGUGUCAAAUGUGAGUAACUUGUAUCAAAGCUGCUGAUUAUAGAGGUUUCUGUUCCUGAUGAAGAUGAUGAUUUACCUAAAAAGCCAUUUCUCCGACCUGUGGGCGGUGGAAUCAUCAACAACAGAGAUACUUGAUGAAAGAAACAAAAACAUCUCCCUGGCAUUAUGCAAUAUAUUCAUGUGUAACCAUACUGUGUUUGUGUGACAUGCUGUAAUUCCUGUAAUGACUCACACAUAAUAUAUCAUAUCAAAGCUGUUGUUUUCAA